CUGACAUGUAGCAGGGCACUGGGGAUUACGUCACGAACUGGUGGUUCAUAUUCAACUUUUGUCAUCACGCCAAAGACUAUAACCUAGACGGCCAGUGAAAAACGAGGAGAACCCAAAAGCCACGCAGACACCAGGAAUUAAGCUUAACCUUACAUAUUACUUAUGCGUCGCUGGACUCCUUGUCUUGUUGAAACAUGCUGGUUUAAACUCUGAUCCGAUAAGCCACGCGGCAGGCGACGAUCACUGGCAUCCCUGUGGAUCCCUCGUGGAUCAUUUCUACUUCUUGAAGAAUUUCUUACUCGCCGGAGCGAAAGUUACAUCCGAUAUUGGAGAGUGGAUCAUACUUUCCACGGAUGGGCAAGCCGUUUCAUUCUUCAGUCUUUCGUGUUCGUGUGGAACCACUGCAUGCCUAUCCACGGACUAUAGUGAUACUCACAGUGGCUGGCCCCUUAAUUUGGAGAACGGUCAAGAUUGAAAAUGAUACUUAUAAUACGAAAUCAAGGUCUCACUCUGGUCACAUUUUUUUACAAUCACCGGUUUCCUUAUUUCUCGUCUUCUUCAUCCAUUUUAUCUUUAGGAUGAAGUAUCGUACCGAGACGGCCGCCUUGAUGGCUGGCCUUCUGUCCACCACCCAUGCUGCUCUUUACGAAACCCCCAUCGAGACAGAGUAUGGUAUGGUGCAGGGCGCUGCCGCGCUCAACUCAUCCAUCGAUGGUCUCUUCCCCAACUGGCAGAACAUCUCUGCGUGGAAGGGAAUUCCCUACGCUGCCUCGACCGCAGGCAAGAACCGGUGGCGACCCCCCCAGCCUCGUGAGGCCUGGAACGGCACCCUGGAUGCCACCAGCUUCAGUGACGCCUGUCCGGACACUGGGUCCAGUGAUACCGCGAGCGAGGACUGUCUGACGGUGAACGUCUGGUCGCCUGCCACCUCUGCGGACGAGAAUCUGCCCGUCAUGGUGUGGAGCUACGGCGCUGGGUUCAGCUCCUCCAGCGACGAGUUUGACGGCAGCGGGCUUGCCAGCAAGGGAAUCGUCUUCGUCAGCUACAACUAUCGGACGGGCCCCUUUGGCUGGCUGGCGCUGCCGGAACUGGCGAGCGAGUCGCCCACCAACACCUCUGGCAACUACGGUCUGCUGGAUCAGAUCGAGGUCCUCAAGUGGGUCAAGGCCAACAUCGCCAACUUCGGUGGUAACCCGGACCAUGUCGUCAGUGCGGGCCAGUCUUUCGGCUCCGGAGCCGUGCUGCACACCAUCAACAGCCCGCUGGCUAAGGGUCUGAUUGUGGGCGCCAUCGCCGAGAGCGGCAUCAAGGACCCCUAUGACCCGGACUACGGCACCUACGGCUCCAACUAUGUCAACAUGACCUAUGCCGAGUCUUUCAGCGAGACAUACCAGAGCAGUCUGAAUUGCACCACGGUUGAGGAGCUGCGCGAGCUGACCGUCGACGAGCUCCUCGACGGCACAGGCGUUGAUGCCUUCACCGGUGGCUUCAACCCAGUCCUCGACAACUGGGCCAUCCCCUCCACCUACUUCGAGAGCCUGGUCAACGGGCCGGCCAACGACGUGCCCAUCCUGGUGGGCAACAACCGUGAUGAGGACGAAGCCACGUACAACCUCAGCAUGACCGUCGCCGAGUUCAAAGAGGACAUCGUCGACACGUACGGGGCGUACGCUGACCAGUUCCUGGCCGAGUACAACGUGACCUCCGAUGCCUGGGCCGGCCGCGCCUACGACGCCAUCUCGCGGGACCGCGCCCGCAUUUCUACCUGGCUGUACAGCGUCAGCUGGGCCAAGACCGCCUCCAGCCCCGUCUACACCUACGAGUGGGACCACGCGCCCCCGGACCAGGACUCGGGAGCCUACCACGCCUCGGAGAUCUUCUACACGCUCUACUCACUGUGGAACGUUGACAGCACCGACUGGCAGCCGGCGGACUACGAGAUCGCCGACAAGGUCUCUUCCUACUGGGCCAACUUCGUCAAGACCGGCAACCCGAACAACGGAAGCUCCUACACCGCGGGCACGCUGGCCCACUGGCCUCCCUCGGUGGCCACGUCGAACACCACCUUCAACAUCGGCGACUCCUUUGAGGUUGUUCCCUUGGCGUCGAACGCGCAGAUCGAGACCAUCUUCAACUGGUUCAUCUAUGACAUGGACGGCAAGCCUUAUUAGACUUGUCUAUCCCUCCUCCUUUUUCUUUUUCAUUCUCAUACUAUGAUCUAUCUUUCUCUGUACAUUUUCAAUAGAUAUAGAUAGAGCAGAGCGGUGUUGGAGU